GACCUGCCGGGGACCGUUGGAAUGACCGGAGCAGUGGGUGGUGGCCAGGUGAGGAUGGGAGGAGCCGUGUCAGGCCGUGGCGGCAAAAGAAGAUCUGGAGGAAUGGACUUUGAUGACGAGGACGGCGAAGGACCGAGCAAAUUUUCAAGGUGAGAAUUUGAUUGCCCUCUUCAGGGCAUCUGAUGAAAUGUAAUAAAAUAAAUUAGGUCUGUAUUUAUACUUGUGCUGCAGCUAAAAUCAUAAUGUGUUCAUGUGGCACAGAGUAAUUAUUCAAAUAAAACACAGCUGGAUAAAGCUGACAUAGACCCAGUGUUUGUGACCCCCAUGACCCCAUGACUUACUUUACCUAUCAUUCCAUCACAACGGCAGACUUUUUUUUUGUUCACAGCUACUCUGUUACUGCCUCUGAACUGUUCCUUUGACCUUUUUAUUUGUCUCACCUUGUUUUUCCUUUUUUUCAUGCAGUGUAGUGUGCAGUAAGUGGGAGGUACAGUACAGUAAGUGCUUGUUUUAAUGAGCUGACGUCAUAGCAGUGGCUUUGUUUUUCCUAAGACGAGCUGUGGUGCGCGCUGUAUGAAGGAGGAGGAUGAGCUGCCCUCUGCUGGACACAGGAGAAACUGCAUGUUUUUUACAUUGGGAAGCAGCCACACGAAUGAUUUGUAGUCAAAAUGUGACGGUUUUCCCGCGGAAGCAAGACGAUGUUUGACCCAAAAAAGUAAACGUGGCUCAAAUAAUGAAACCUUGGAGAAAAAAGUUAAUGAAAGAGAGAAAGAUAUGUUGUAAUUAUAUUCUCCAGGUAGUGUAUUUUUCUUGCUAAGACUUUGGGUUUUUUUUUACGUAAACUCCCCUGGCUGUAACAUUACAGCAUGUACCAGGUUAAAUACCAGGUAUUUUUUUAUUUUAUAUUUAUUUUUUUUAAUUUCUUGGCAGGAAUUUAAUUCCCAGUUUUCUUCAGGUCAUCAAACAACUGUCUUCAAAAGUGUGUUCUGCAGGAAUAAGGUAUGAUGACGAUCAGAUUCCUGUUGGGGAUAAGGAGCGAUAUGCUAGGGAGAACCACAGUGAGAUUGAGCGACGCCGACGCAACAAAAUGACCCAGUACAUCACCGAGCUGUCGGACAUGGUCCCCACCUGCAGCGCCCUGGCCAGAAAACCCGACAAACUGACCAUACUGCGUAUGGCGGUUUCCCACAUGAAGUCCAUGAGGGGCACGGGCAACACAUCCACGGACGGAGCCUAUAAACCGUCCUUCCUCACAGAGCAGGAAUUAAAGCACCUGAUCCUGGAGGCUGCGGACGGCUUCCUGUUUGUGGUCGCUGCGGAGACGGGCCGUGUGAUCUACGUGUCAGACUCGGUGACGCCCGUCCUCAACCAUCCGCAGUCGGAGUGGUUCGGCAGCACCCUCUACGAGCAGGUUCAUCCAGAUGAUGUGGACAAGUUGAGGGAACAGCUCAGCACCUCGGAAAACUCCAUGACAGGAAGAAUCCUGGACCUGAAGACAGGAACGGUGAAGAAGGAGGGACAGCAGUCCUCCAUGAGGAUGUGCAUGGGCUCUCGACGCUCCUUCAUCUGCCGCAUGAGAUGCGGCAGUGCUCCUCUGGAUCACAUCUCCCUCAACCGUCUGUCCAACAUGAGGAAGAGAUACAGGAACGGACUUGGACCGUCCAAAGAAGGAGAAGCCCAGUACUCUGUGGUCCACUGCACCGGCUACAUCAAAGCCUGGCCCCCCGCAGGAAUGACCAUACCUGAAGAAGACACCGAGGCCGGACAGACGGGAAAGUACUGCUUAGUUGCUAUUGGACGACUCCAGGUGACCAGCUCUCCCGUGUCCAUGGACAUGAACGGCCUGUCGGUGCCCACAGAGUUCCUGUCACGUCACAAUUCUGACGGCGUCAUCACCUUCGUUGAUCCACGCUGUAUCAGCGUCAUUGGUUAUCAGCCUCAGGACCUUCUAGGAAAGGACAUUCUGGAAUUCUGUCAUCCCGAGGACCAAAGUCACCUGAGGGAAAGUUUCCAGCAGGUUGUGAAGUUGAAGGGACAGGUUCUGUCUGUGAUGUACCGUUUCCGGAUGAAGAACAGGGAAUGGAUGCUGAUCCGAACCAGCAGCUUCACCUUCCAGAACCCGUACUCCGACGAGAUCGAGUACAUCAUCUGCACCAACACCAACGUCAAGCAGUUGCAGCAGCAGCAGCAGGCAGAGCUGGAGGUUCACCAGAGAGAUGGACUGACGGCCUACGAUCUGUCCCAGGUCCCUGUGUCCAAUGUUAGCAGCGGCGUACACGAGGCGGGGAAGAACAUUGACAAGACAGAAGCCCUGUUCUCUCAGGAGAGAGACCCACGCUUCGCUGAGAUGUACACCGGCAUCUCCGGCUGUACGAGCGCUGGAGAUAAGAAGAUGAUGGUUCCCUCCUCCACUGCUGGUGGACAGCAGCUCUACUCCCAAACUUCCCCUUUCCAGCAGGGACACUCUGGCAAAAGCUUCAGUUCGUCCGUCAUCCACGUGCCUGGUGUUAACGACAUCCAGCCGUCGGGUUCGUCCAAUCAAAAUCUGGCUCAGAUUUCCAGGCAGCUCAAUGCGGGUCAAGUGGCAUGGUCAGGCAACCGCCCCCCCUUCUCUGGACAGUCCAGCAAAGCCCAGUCCAGUCCUUUUGGAAUCGGUUCCGGACACAGCUAUCAGACGGACCCGGCCUCCUACAGUCCCCUGUCAUCGCCGGCCACUUCCUCUCCGAGCGGCAACGCGUACUCAGGACUGACGAACCGCAGCACAACAUUUGAUGUGUCAGGAGAGGGCAGUCAGAGUGGAGCCCAGUUCCAGGGUCGUCCCAGCGAGGUGUGGUCCCAGUGGCAGAACCAACAUCACUCCCAGCAGCCCGGGGAACAGCACUCACACACCAACCCCAGCCAGACACAGAGGUCUUCCAGGACAUGUUACCCAUGGCUGGAGAUCCUACCCAGGGAGCAGCCAACUACAACAUCGAGGACUUUGCUGACCUUGGCAUGUUCCCGCCCUUCUCUGAGUAACCUGCCCCCCUCCUCCCCUGUCCUCACACCAUCAUCCUCUAUUCCUCCCCGGUUUCUCUUUCUUUCACUGCUCUUCUCAGAACUGGCCUAAUGUUUGUAGUCAUCUCUCAUCUUGUCAUAGAUUUUUUUUUUUUACACUGGGUCAGAAGUUUCAAAAUGAUUUUUUCACGGAGGUUAAAGACGAUCAGCUGCAGUGAAAAAUGCUGAAUUGUUCAAAAGGAAAUGAGAAAACUUCCAUCGAAUUAUCAAAAAAGAAAAAGAAGAAGAAAAUGCUGAAGUCAGCAGAACUGAAAACACAGACAAACGGUUAACGUGGAACCUCCGAGAACACACAGGACUGAGGAAACUGUGGCUGUGUGAGGUAUUAACACAGGUAUUAAAUGUGUAACUACGCCAACCUCUGGUACUGCUGCGAGAACACAGAUGUUCCCUGGAACUGACAGCACGGCCACCCGCAGGAACACGAGUGCAGACAGAUUUUUAGCCCCUGGAACUGUUUUAUCCCUUCACCAAAGUGGAUACUGAUGAAGCUGCCGGUUCGAUGCCGGCACAGACUGAUGGACAGAACAAGAGCAGUUCUCGUGUUUUUGUAACACUAAUGUUCUUGAAGGGACUAACGCAACUAAAGGACGUUAACAGGGAAAUGUUCUGGUUCUGUUGUUUCAACGAUGGUUCUCAGACCAGGCUAGGACUAAGGUACAGUUUGCAUGAACCACAUGUGGUUCCAAAUUUCUUUCUGCUGCGGCCCCCUUUUGUAGAUAGAACUGUUGUGGAGUCCUACAGAACCCAUGUCGACACAUCUGCAGGUAUUGGCCCAAAGCUCCCCGGAACUGUUUUUCUGAAACAGUAACUCUUCAUCAAACAAAGAAAAAUCAGAUCUGUGGCUCAAAGUCAAAUUCAUUCGCCCUCUUCCCAAAUAGCCCCACGUCCUCAUGAGGGGGGUGCCCCCUAUUUUUAGAACCAGUGGUUUAAAGUAAGUCCUGUGCACUUCACCUUUGUUGUGUGAAGUUCGACGGUGAGUAAAAAUCAAAGACGACGUCUUUAAAACUGAAGCCACAGAACGACGACCCUUUGAUCUGCAGAAUUGUCGGUUGAAGUCUGUGACUCGUCCUCCAGUGUCCACCACAGACACAGUCAACAGACUGACUGUAUCUAUGACCUCACACUCGGACACACAUGGAUUAUUAAUUUAGAGGUGUUUUUUUUAUCCCCACAGGAAGUUAUUGACCUGAGACAAGGGCACGGAGGGUCGUCUCUGUGACGAUCGGCUCUGAGGAUUUAUAUCUGUUCUUUACUUUUACUUUCCUGAUCUUUGUGGCCUGUAAAUAUCAGUGUAUAUGUCAGUAUUGUCCUAAAGCCUUUGACCUCUGGGUCACGUGGGUGAAUCACCAACGCUCUCUCAAUCACACAGCGCAAAACAGCUCUCUCUAUAUGUUCUCACACAACAGCGUCAUGGGUGAAGGGGGCGCUGCAGCGACCGGGUGGUGGAAAUGUCAUCGAAGCAUCAGCAUGCACUCCCCUGCACUCAGCAGCAGCAGCAUUAGCAUUAGCAUUAGCAACAUCAGAGCUGUUGGUCUAACAGGUUGAUGACACAUUGUUUCAAACGUCAGUCUGUCAGAGGGAGGUGGAGGUCAGGUGGUUCAUAAGUACUUUAACUGAGCCGCUGCUCCACUUAACGAAGUAUAUGUCAGUAUUAUAAUGUACUUUGUCAUUAUAUGGUACUGACAUACAGAACACAACCAGAAGGACUACUUUUGAUGGGAAACACACAAAAAAAAACACACUAUCGUCUGCAAAGAGUGUUCAGUUUAGUUUUGUUGCUGCUCGCCUCCACCACCCGCUGACCUCGCCCCCCACACCUGAACCUCCAUCGACCGUACGACGUUAUCUUUGUGUAGUGACGUCCACAGCUGCACUGGUGAAAGUACAGAGUGAUCCUGUGUUUAUGUGAAAACUACAUCCUUAAAAAAAAAAAAAGCAACAGCUUGAAGUGCACUUGAUGAAGC